AUGUUCCAAUCCCAAUCCUCAAAGGGCAUGUUCGCCCUGGCGGCCAUGAGCCUAGUCACCGGCACGACUGCCAACCUGGCAGCCUGUUCCAGCAGCACUGCCUUCAGCUGCGCCAGCUCGACCGCAGAGGCAAGCUGCUGCUUCAACUCCCCAGGUGGUGCCCUCCUCCAGACUCAAUUCUGGGAUACCAGCCCAUCAACCGGUCCCGACGACUCAUGGACCAUUCACGGACUAUGGCCCGACAACUGCGACGGCACAUAUGAGCAGACUUGCGACUCGAAGCGCUCAUACUCCAACAUCACCGCGAUCCUGCAGGACCAGGGCCGCGAUGAGUUGCUUGAUUAUAUGAACGAUUACUGGCUUGAUAUCAGCGGGGAUGAUGAGGACUUCUGGUCGCACGAGUGGAACAAGCACGGUACUUGCAUCAAUACCAUCGAGCCGAGCUGCUAUUCCGGCUACACCGCGCAGGAGGAAGUUGGUGAUUACCUCCAGAAGACGGUUGAUUUGUUCAAGAACUUGGAUACGUACAAGGCUCUCGCCGCUGCUGGUAUUACCCCGAGUACUUCCAAGACAUACACCCUUGCUGCGAUCCAGAAGGCUCUUACUACCCUGCACGGUGCGGUGCCUUAUCUCGGCUGCUCUAGUGGCAAGUUGAACGAGGUUUGGUAUUUCUAUAACAUUCAGGGUAAUGCUAUUGACGGAACAUACAAGGCUGUUGAUACGCUCACUACUUCUACCUGUGCCAAGACUGGUAUCAAGUACGUGCCCAAGUAG